CCAUCUUUUAUCUUUAACUAUCAUCUUUUAUAUUUCAAAUUGGUUGGAAGAUUUCAUUGUAACCGAAAUGGUUAUAUAUCAAGUUUGAGGCAAGUAGAUUUGCAGGGUAAGCAAGAAGUGAAUGAGUGCGCAAUGGACAAAGGGAAGAAGAUGGAGAGAUGCAGCAGGGUGCUUGGCGUAGGCAUUGUAAUGGUGAUGGCAAUUAUCAUGGCCAAGAUCAGCACCGCAGAGGGACAUGUACUAGACAGCAUUCAAUACACUUCCAGUCUCGAGUCAAUCAAGAAGCUGGAGCUGAAGAAAGGCGAUACCCACGCCGUUCUUGCACAGAUAAAAGUUCAUUUACAGAGGUUGGGGUACGCAGAGGCGAAAGCGGAGAAGGAGAAUGGGUUGUUUGAUGAGCGACUGGAAGCGGCGGUGAGGUUAUACCAGAGGAGUUUUAACUUGCCAGUCACGGGUAUUCUUGACGGUCCCACAAUCCACAGUAUCUCUGUCCCAAGGUGCGGUCGAGAAGACGCACCCCUGCCCCAAUUUUGUUCCCACUCUGCAUAUCUUCUGCUGUCUACAUUUUUCAUUAUAGCCUUGUUCACAAAGCUCCGUCAUGCUAUUCCAAUUUUAGUUUCUCGAAUCAUGAAAAGGGUUUCUUAUUAUUUCGACUACAGUGAGAGCCACUGAUUAUUUGUUACAUGGGUUACUAGAAUUUUCAUUUGGGAAAACGUUUGAACCAGGUCUUUUUGCUAAUACAUUUUCUUGAUUCUUUAUUCAAUGUAAGAUUCAUUUCUUCAUACUUUCAGGUUUUAAAUUGAAUCUACUCUGAAAAGUAUUAUAAUUAUUUGAAGAUUUUACAUCUUUCAAAGACCCAGUGGCCUACAGUGUUAUCUCAUCCAGAAUGAUAUUUCCCUCUAGCUUAUUUACUUCAUUUUUGAAAAGAUUCGUUGCAAUCACAGUUUAUUAACAUUUACAUUUAUAUGUUUUCUUAUUUCA